CAGCACUAUCACAUGAAUCUGGACUCCACAGUGGAUGUGAAAAAAGUUUGGAGGUCUCGCUGAAAUCAUUUUCUCCAACUUCUCUUAUGUUUUUUUUUUUUUUAACUUGAGGAGGCUUUUAGGUGGAGGUUUGCAUCGGAAAUCAGAGUCCGUCUGAGUGAUUUCCCGGCUGUGAUUUCUCCAAUUUAUUUUUUUUUCCCUGCAGGAAUACGCAGAGACAGAGAGAGAGAGGGGGGAAACGGUCUGGCUGCUUGAAGAUUUGUUUCGACACCAAACUUUGGGCGACAUGGACGCGCACCGCGGCGCGCCUCCGGCCGGGCAGCAGAUCGUGCACGUCCGCGGGGACUCGCAGACGGAGCUGGAGGCCCUCUUCAGCGCCGUGAUGAACCCCAGCAAGUCGGCCAGACAGCCGUCCUCUCUGCCCAUGAGGAUGAGGAAGCUGCCGGACUCCUUCUUCAGGCAGCCGGACUCACGGGGCCACUCCAGACAAGCCAGUUCGGAUGGAGGCGUGUGCGGCUCCCUCACUCCUCAUCACGUCCGCGCCCAUUCCUCCCCUGCCUCCCUCCCAGUCAACUCCCUCUCCACUCAAGCAGCAGAUGUAGCGGCGGCACCGAUCAUACCUGACGACGUGCCACUCCCCCACGGUUGGGAAAUGGCCAAAACACCUACUGGCCAACGUUACUUCCUCAAUCACCUGGAAAAGACAACCACUUGGCACGACCCUCGACUUGCGCAGCUUCAGUCGGCUGCAUCUCAGCAUCCCAUCCCUGGCCCUCCGGUCCACGCCCACUCUCUCAGCAACCCAGCACCCACUACACAACCACAAAACAUCAAUCCAGAGACAGGUCCACUGCCUGAAGGCUGGGAGAAGGCUGUGACUGCUGAUGGAGAGGUGUACUACAUCGAUCACAUAAAUAAGACCACCUCAUGGGUCGACCCGCGUCUAGCCCAGAAGAUGAACCCCGGCAUCCUCGGCUUGGCACUGCAGCAAAGGCAGGAAAAGGAAAGGCUUAGAUGCAAACAAGGCCUCCCUCCGCAAAUCUCACAGGAGGCAGGAGGAAGGAACCAGAUGCCCGGUGGGAUGGACCAUGACAGGAACGCACAGACACUUGUCCCGUCUCUGGAUGUCAGAAUCAGAGGCUCAAACCAUGAACCCACACUAAAUGGCGCUCACUCCCGUAAUGAGAGCACUGAUAGCGGUCUGAGCGUCAGCAGCUUACCCCGCACGUCGGACCACAUGUUGAGCUCUGUGGAUCACAUGGACACUGGCGACUCCAGCGAGGCCUCCUCGAUGACCUUACAGGAGUCGAUGCCUGUGCUCCCAAUGUCUGAGGGCGAGGAGCUAAUGCCUUGCAUCCCAGAGGGUCUCAGUUCAGACCUCCUGAUGGACAUGGAGACUGUUCUCUCUGGGUCGCACAUGGACAGAGACAGCCUGCUCACCUGGCUAUAGACACACCCAGCUGCCGCCCCGUCACAUCAAACCACAUCAAAUCUUCAUAACAUGACUGAGAAUUCUGGAGAAUCUUUGGUACAGAGCGACGUUACUGAGAGAUUAUGCUACUGUUGUGUGAUGGAUUCCUAACACUACUCGCACCCUGAGGAAUGAAAAAACCCUGACUCGCGCAGAAGGUGGUAAGCUGCUGGUGUUCACUCCUUUUUUUGGGCCUGGUUUUACAUAGAUGCAUGACAGAGCAUCCAUUCUGACAACACUCCUUUCUCCUUAGUCAUCGACCUCAGAUCGUCUCUGGUGAAGCGCGUCACAGUUAAUUUUAGACUACAGAUUUCUUUUAUUAUUCCCACUUGGGUAAUAGUGUUUGCUGCAAGCUUUUAAACAGUGUCAAGCCAAUGAACUCUGCAUGUAGCAGUUACAAGAAUGCACAAAAAGACAUGUUAAAACAGCAUAAAGGUUGAUCAAACGAUAAUUAACAGAAACAACAGAUAUUAGGAAUGGGAAUUGACAAGAUUUCCUUGAAACCAAUGCCAUUAUCCUGAUACCUGAUUGAUUUCUCUGUGAAAAAGGUCGGCCCACACAAGUUUUCAGCAUCAGCACCUCUGUUUUAUUAACAUAUCUGUCUAAGCACAGUCUAGAAACAGAGUAGAAAAAAAGCAUUAUCAUUUUGAACACAUUACAAGCAACACUGUUGUCAUCUUUGUGAAAUGAAGCCACCCUUUCCUCCCCUCCGCCAUGACUCUGUUUUGCAAGUUUUCAGCUGUUAAAAUGCACAAGUUUGACGUCAUUGUUUUGCAACAGCAUCCCUCAGAAAAACAUGUCGACAUCGAUAAAAAAUACUGAUAAGCUCCAAGGCAUAUGACUCCCAAAGAUCACACAAUUUGGAGCCAGCUCUCAAUCCCAUCCUUAAAAGAGAUACCCACAUUCCCCUUGAUUACUUCAUAUAGUUUGUGGGAUAAAGAGAAAAGAACAUCUCGUGUUGCUGUGUCUAAGCAGCCUGUAAUUUGGGAUUUUAAUGCUCAUAGUUGUCUGAAACAUGUUCCUAAAAUGCAUGAGGAUUGAGAGCGAGGGAUGAAUCAAAUAAUUUAACACUACACUGGUUCCAUAAACCAAAACAAGUCCCUCACAUUACCAGGUUACACAGAAACACCAAGGAAGGGAGGGGAGGACGCACCCUUGUGGUGAGCUAAUGAAAGGUAAAGAACACUAACAGGAGCACAGUUUGCUCUCAAACUUUAAAUUAAAAAUUCACACAAGCCAAAAAACAGUAUUAACAGCCUUGUCAGAGUCACUUAUAAGCCUGCAUGGAAUAUCUACAACUACAAAAAAAGUGUGAUUUUAGGAUGUCUGUUUACAGAAAGGAGCGCUGGAACAUAAAGUGGAUCCACAGUAAACAAGCACAUGUUCAGUAUAAUGCAAUCCAACACAACUGAGGGUUUCCCCCACAAUAAUCCUGAAGCAUCUGGUCGUCUGAUCAAUUUAGUUAAUGAAUGACAGCCUAACUAUAGUCACAUAAGAUAUAUAUAUAUAUAUAUAUAGCCUUUCCUGUGUUAAGUAGUUUUAUUUUAUGAAAGUGUGUUACGAACACUGCAGACAAACCCGCAGCAGUCUCACUAUAAAACACAUUUUUUUUAAAGUUGCUAAUAUUCAGGUUUUGUUAAUACUGUUUUUAUUGUUGUGCUGGAUUGCAUUUUAUUGCAGUGUUCCAGUCAUUUUUUCCCACUCCAGCAUUGAAUAUAAGCUUCACAAAGGUAGUAUUUAUUGGAGAUUUGUGUUACUGGAUUGCAUCAUAUUGUACAGUUGUAAUUUUAUUCUGUCCACCCCUUGUUUUAGAAAGGAUGCCACAUAGUUGCCAUCAGGGCCUGGACAGUUUCUCUCCUUAGUGUGCAGCAGAUUUUAGCUCUCAUAAAACAUAAAUUAAAAAAAAAUUCAAUUAAUCCCUUUUCUUACUUUUCCCAUUAUUGGCUUGAUACAUUCCUAAUAAUUUCUCCUUUUCAAAUCUUAAGCAUCUGUUCAUUCACUGGCAUCAUAGGUUUGGUUUCCUCCACAGAAAGACACACAAACAGCAACCGUCUCAGUCACAUUUGUAAAGUUUUAGCUCCUUAACUACAAAUGUCCAUGCAUCUCCAAAAUCAAUAAGCAGACUCUUGAAACUUGUUUGUUGUGAAAUUUCUCAGUCUGGUUUUGUACACAUGGCAUAGUGGAUCACAGUAUCAUCAUCCUUUUCUUUAAAUAAUACACCUUAUAUAAAGAAAACUCACAACAAAAAUAUAAAUGACCAAAAAUAAAGGCCAAAAUUACAGUCAUCUUUACAGCAGUGGUUCCCAACUGGUCCAACCCUAGGGUCGGGAUUUCUCCUUGGUUAUUAGGUCUACACAAUUUAAUAUAAUCAGAGUCAUACUUGAGUUUGGCCAUGUGGUCAAGCUAGUUUGCUGUCUCUGUCAAGUAGCUGUCCAUUAUAGCAGGAAACAGCACUUCAAAAUAAAAUCUCUGUGCUGUCAAAUUCACUUUUUUCACUGUAAUAAAGUGCAUUUUUUUAUUACUAACUUGACACAUCUGCGAGUCACUUGCGGUCCAUUCAGAAUGGACCCACGACCCACUUGUAGACCAUGACCCACCAGCAGGGAACCAAAGCUUUACAGAGUAGUCUCCAGCAAAUACAGUCUUCCAUUUUAAGCCAUUAAUAAUGUGUAAAAGGGCUUAAUAUUAAGGGUUCCCACACAUUUUCAUUUACAAAAUUUUCAAGGACCCAUAUUAAAGAUUUUUUUUUAUGUCUUGCCCCACUUGCCUGGCAUUUUUAAAUGUAUCAGAUUGGAACUCUAUUCAAACAUAAUUUCAGCUAGCUGGCAUAUCUGACGGGAGAGACGAAAUGUAUGUGAUGAUAAAUGAAAAUUAAUGAUUUUACUGUUAUCUUACAUUACAUUGAAGGUUAUUCACGGAAGAUUACUCUAACAGUGUCAUUAUACAAAACAAAAUUCUUUAACUUCCAUGACUUUUCCAGGCCUGGAAAGUGUGGUUGUGAAAAUUAUGUGAACUUCACCCUGGGGGACAGGGGGAGAAACCGUCUGAAGAAAUGACAGGUACUUUACAAAAAGCAAUGUAGGGAGAGACAAGCCACCUGCUUUUGAAACUAGAUUGUUGUAUCAUAAAAGGUCAGUAAAAUCCACGCAGCACUGUGAGCUGACACAUCUUUAGUAGUUAAGGGGGAGUGGUAUAGAUUUCCAGGCCUGGAAAGUGUGGUUGUGAAAUUCCAUGACUUCUCCAGGUUUUUCAUGACUGGGAACUCUGAGUAACAGUGUUAACUCCCUUCCAUGUUAGAAUAUUUAUAAAACACUAUUUUAAAAGUCAGUCUUUGGUAAUUAAUUGCACAACAGAAGCAAGUUUCAAGAUCAUGCUAACAUAUUUUCAUACUGUAUGGAUUAGAUGCCUGAAACAGGAAAACUUGUUCAUGUUUCUGAAGUUGCUUAAUACUCAGCAGUGACGUAAACUGUGUGUUGUAAAUACACUAAAAGAUGCUGGUAGAAUCCUUUAAAAAUAAUCCUGGUCAGUGCCCUUGAGAUAUUAGUUUGCUACCGCUCUACUGAGUUAUGAUUUCCUCUGUCUGCAGCUCAGUUUUCCACUCUGAACAAGCUGUAUUGUGAGUGGGAACCAUUAAAAUAUCAUGCUUUAAAAAUGGAUUUCAGUCAAAGGGUCAUAGCAUAAGUCAAGUAUUCUGUUCUGCCUCCUCAGAAAAAGCAACAUACUAAUUGCGGAUGCUGUGUUCUUGGUGUAUUUUGUUCUAACUGUCUAAGUGCUAUCUGGUGCUGUAAUACAGAAGGCAAUCGUCAGUAAGGGGAGCUCUUUAACUCUCCUCUUUUAGUUAAACUAUAUAAUAAGUAUAUAAUCUGUUUUUGUUUUGUUUUUGUUUUUAUCCGCUGGGUUGUUUCUGCAGUGUGUUUUUAUUUUAUCUGAAUUUGAAGCUGUUAAUUAUUGGUGAGAGCAUUUCUUGUAACCAGCUUCCUGUUUAUAUAUAUAUAUACAGUAUUUAGCGGUCAUUCACAAUAUCCCCAAAUAAAGAGCCAAGUCACCCUUAUCUUCUCUAAGUUAAAGUACCACGGGCCUGGAGCAACUUACUGUCCACACACACGAUGCAACACACUACCUAGCCUUUUAUUUAUCUUAGCAUGCAUGACACCUGCUAUGUAUGUUCCAUAUAAUGAUGUUUUAUUAUCCCAUUUACAGAGAGUUUGGAGGCAGUCAGAUUUGUUUUGUACCUUUUUAUGCAUGUGCUUUAUAUAAAUAUAUUUCGUCUUACUCUCACUGUAAUCAUUUUAAAGGAGUUUCUGUUUAAUAAACUUUUAAAUACA